CUUUUACUGUAGCCCAGUAAGCGCAGGAAGGGGGCAGGGUUGGCGCUUUUCCUUUGCCUGUUUGACCAUCACAAUUUGCUGAAUCACACAAACUCUUCCGCAUCGUCAAAACUUUGAAGACAGAUCGCUGUGGAUUUCUGUCCGUGGAUACACAGCGCGACAUUUCCCCGCCGUCAGCUAGAGAAGGUGUCCCCUUCCGCACAACUCUUCAUGGCGAGAAGACCUUUCUUUUUCACUUCUGCUUUCUGUCACCUACGGGACCACCGCUCGCGAGCCACACGCUUUUAAAAGUUUGCCUUUCAUGUGAAUGUACACGACUCAUCUCUGAGAAAUGAAGCUCAGCAGACAGUUCACAGUUUUUGGCAGUGCCAUAUUCUGUGUUGUGGUAUUUUCCUUGUACCUGAUGUUGGAUCACAUAGAUCACAGCAAAAACCCAAAUGGAGAGAGAAUUCAAAACCUUCCUGAUGGUGUGGCCAGUUCAGAUGAACUCAUGAAUCCAAAGAAAGGUCAGCUUGGUGUUCUCCAGGACAAAAUAGACCACUUAGAAAGACUACUUGCAGAGAACAAUGAGAUCAUUGCCAACAUCAGGGACUCUGUAAUUAACCUGAGGGAAACUGUGAAAGAUGGUAAAGUGUUUCCUGAAGGGAACAUGAGUCAGGGGGACUUGGUAUUGCUGCCUCCUGCUCCUGCGCUGCUCCCCAUCCACUCAGAGGACUGCCAGUUUGCAGCACAGACUUACUCCAAGGCAGCGGGUGGAGUACAGAUGCUGGAUGUUUAUGAUUUACUCAGCUUUGAUAACCCUGAUGGUGGAGUAUGGAAACAAGGCUUUGAUAUCUCUUAUCAGGACAAUGAAUGGGACAAUGAGCCACUCCAAGUCUUUGUUGUGCCCCAUUCACAUAAUGACCCUGGCUGGCUGAAGACAUUCGAUGACUACUAUAAAGACCAGACACAACACAUUCUCAACAACAUGGUGGUGAAAUUACAUGAAGACAGUCGGCGAAAAAUGAUCUGGUCUGAGAUCUCGUAUUUUUCCAAAUGGUGGGACAACAUCGAUGAGCAGAAACGAGAUGCUGUCAGGAGGUUGAUAGAGAGCGGUCAGUUCGAGGUGGCUACAGGAGGCUGGGUGAUGCCUGACGAAGCCAACACUCACUACUUUGCAUUGAUAGAUCAGUUAGUUGAAGGUCACCAGUGGUUGGAGAGAAAUUUGGGCGUGAAGCCCAAGACUGGCUGGGCUGUGGAUCCAUUCGGUCACACUUCUACCCAGGCUUACCUGCUGAGACAAGCCGGUCUAUCUAACAUGCUGAUCCAGAGAAUACAUUACUCAGUGAAGAAACACUUUGCCUCUCAGAAGACCCUGGAGUUCUUCUGGAGACAGAACUGGGCUCAGGACUCAAGUUCAGAUAUUUUGUGUCACAUGAUGCCAUUCUACAGCUACGAUGUUCCCCAUACAUGUGGUCCUGACCCAAAAAUCUGCUGCCAGUUUGACUUUAAAAGGCUGCCGGGAGGAAGAAUCAGCUGUCCGUGGAGAAUUCCUCCUCAGGCUAUAACAGAUAACAACGUACAGGAGAGAGCUCAGACACUACUGGACCAGUACAGGAAGAAAUCUAAACUUUUUCGGACCAAUGUGCUGCUGGCACCACUUGGAGAUGAUUUCCGUUACACUGAAGCUGUUGAAUGGGACCAACAGUUUGAAAACUACCAGAAACUCUUUGACUACAUGAAUUCACACCCUGAGCUUCAUGUCCAGGCCCAAUUUGGAACUAUUUCAGAUUAUUUUGAGGCCUUGCGUAAAAGCACUGGCAUGGAUCCGGUUGGCAUGGAUGUCGGCCAGUUGGCUUUGCCUGUGCUAAGUGGAGACUUUUUCACCUACGCUGAUCGAGACGAUCACUACUGGAGCGGAUACUUCACCUCGCGGCCGUUCUACAAACGCCUGGAUAGAGUGCUGGAAUCACACCUAAGGGCAGCUGAGGUCCUCUACUCUCUGACCUUGGCCAACAUUCAGAAGUACGGCCAGCCCAGUGAAUACCCUGCAGUGGAUAAUUACAAGUUACUGACAGAAGCCAGACGCAAUCUAGGUCUCUUCCAGCAUCAUGAUGCCAUCACGGGCACGGGCAAAGACUGGGUGGUUGUGGACUAUGGAACCAGGUUGUUUCACUCUGUUCUGAAUGUGAAGCGAGUGAUUGUGAGCUCAGCUCACUGGUUGGUGCUCAAGGACAAACAAAAAUACAACCAUGAUCCUUCAAAUCCCUUUCUUCAGAUGGAUGAUGUUCAGCCAUCCCAAGAUGCCUUACCUCGCAAAAUAAUUUUUGAAGUUCGUGAAAAACCAAGGUUGUUGGUGGUUUGUAACCCCACAGAGCAAGCCAGGACGUCCAUGGUUACAGUAUUUGUGACGACUCCUAAAGUGCGCGUGCUGAACGCUCUGGGUCAUGUGGUCCGUGCUCAAGUCAGCGCAGUGUGGAAUGAUGCCAGUCAUGCUGCUGCCGACGUCUUCCAGUUGUCGUUUGUGGCUCAAGCUGCUCCUCUGGGACUGAGCGUGUACCAGCUGAUGGAAGGAAUGGAGCCAAAGACAGAAGCUGCUAAGUACAUGUUUCUUCAGGAUGGCAGGCAGAUUUCAGUCAGUGAACUGGAGCAUUUCCGACAGUUCUACCAACAAGAUGCGGCUCCUGUGCACAUUGAAAAUCCUCACCUGAAACUCUCCAUGUCUACAGCUACAGGUCUUUUAGAGAAAAUGAGGUUGAAGGAGGAUGACUCGCAGCACCUGGUCAACGUGGAGUUUGUUUGGUACGGCACCACCAGCAACAAAGACAAGAGUGGCGCCUACCUGUUCCUGCCUGACAAAGAAGCAACAAUUUACUCUCCCUCUCAACCACCGGUGGUUCGAGUCACUAAAGGGCCGCUGUUUUCUGAAGUCACCACUACCUUCACGCACAUCACACACACUGUCCGGCUCUACAACAUCCAGGGUGUGGAAGGUCAGUCUGUUGAGAUCUGUAACACUGUAGAUAUAAGAGGCGAAACCAACCGUGAAAUUGCAAUGAGGAUAACCUCAGAUCUGAACAGCAAAGAUCGAUUCUUUACUGACCUCAACGGCUACCAGGUGCAGCCCAGGAAAACCAUGGCUAAGCUCCCCCUGCAGGCAAACUUCUACCCCAUGACCAGCAUGGUCUACCUGCAGGACUCCAGCGCCAGACUCUCUCUGCUCACCGCACAGUCACUCGGAGCGGCCAGCCUCAAGAGCGGUCAGCUGGAGGUGGUUAUGGACCGCAGGCUCAAUCAGGAUGAUAAUCGAGGUUUAGGUCAGGGAGUGCUGGACAAUAAGAUCACUGCCAACUCCUUCCGCCUACUGCUGGAGAAGAGGAGCUCUGCGGAGGAGGCCCAGAAUGAGGAGGCUGCACCAUAUAACUAUCCGUCUAUAUUGAGUCACAUGUCGUUCAUGUACCUGAACCAUCCCCUCAUCUCAAUGGGAGUCAGUCAGCGCUUGGACAACCCAUCCUUGACUCCCUACAGCCCUCUGAGCGCCUCCUUCCCCUGCGACAUGCAUCUGGUCAACCUGCGUGCUAUCCAGUCAAAGGAGGAAGGGGGAGGUCCAUCCGAGCAAGCUGCUUUGAUACUGCACAGAAAAGGCUUUGACUGUGGCUUCUCCAAUCGGAACACUGGCCUACUGUGUACCACCACACGUGGCAAGAUUAAUUUAGAGAAGCUCCUGACAGAUUUGAAGGUGAAAAGCAUCACUCCUGUAUCGCUGUCUCUGAUGCACACACACAAUGGUGAUGUCGACCCCCAGGAGAUCAGCCUUAAACCCAUGGAAAUCAGGACUUACCGCUUGCAGCUGAGCUGAGCUGCAGUCACACCGGCUCACGUCCUCUGUGUUUUACACUCGAGAGCCAUAUGGUUGUUGACUUCAGCCAAGGACUCGGUAAACGAUUGUGGACAGAAACAUUAAGCUUCACUGCAAAGCGCAAUAUGAAAUCUCCAAGAUUUCCCAACCAGCUCUCUCAGGUUAUUUAACAUAACAUGACGCUUCUUAUGUGUGAUUCACUGUGCUGAGAGUUGACAUUUUGCACUGGGAACGUACAAGUUGAACGCUUUCAAAGUGUUGCUACAGUGGGCAUGUUGCAAGAAACGCUCUUCUUACUUCUGUUACAUGACGAAGAGAAAAGCUCCUGUUUUAUCCUCACUAUUCCCAGAUGAAAGUUAAUAUAUACAGAUUGUAAAAUUGAUUGGAGUCUUACCUGAAAUUUUAUUUUAUUUUAUUAUUUUAUUGCAAUCCCAAAGUUUUUACUCUGAACUGUGCCUUAGUCUUAAUGGAUGUGAGAAAAUAGUGUAAAUAAAUUUUAGUCAUUUUUAAACAACCACAUAUCUUCACAAUCAUACAUUUGGUAUUUUCGAAUGCAGAUCAACUAAAUUGCUAUUAUUAUUAUUUUUUUUAAAGUUGAAAUAGGUUUAAUGCAACUUGAAAUUUAAAUGAUGAAGCCUCAGAUUUUUUUUUUUUAGAUACUGUAUACGUCACCUUUUUUCUUGUUAAUUUGUGUAUUUUAUGCAGUCUGAAGGAUUGUAAAUAGGUUCAGUAGCAUCUAAAAUUCACCAAAGGUGGGUGGGUGUUUUGCAACAAUUUGCUAAAGAAUGUAUGUUGAAAAUUUAAUUCCAUUGUUCCCAGAGAUGAUAAUUAUCAAAGAAGAAAUUAAAUGGUUUAUUUAAUAUAUUAGGCUAUAUGAUUAUAAACAUGCAUAUAUUUUUAUCAAUAUAAAUAUAAAUUCACGCAGUGGUUUAGUUGAAAGGGGUGACGAAUCAUAAAAUGGUGUGUGGUUCUUCAUGUGAUUGUGUUGAGGUUUAUGAAUGGAAAUGAUCUUAGAAGUUAGAUUUAUUACACUAUCAAACUAUGCAAAUGUACAUUUUUGUCUUAUGCAACGAUGAUCUAUUUUUUUAAACCGACAGGUAACAUGGGACCUACGGGGUUUAUCUUAAAUCAAAUUCUCCCUGUUUUACCUGUUUUACCUGACAAAAGUUCUUGAGAAUUUUUUCUGGUAUGUUGUAGAUUUGCAACACGUUAUGUAAUGAAUGUUUUCCUCAAAUGCAUUUUCCUUCAUUCUGUGACGUUUAUUCUUGAAGGGAGACCAUUUCCUGUCUUACACUCUGGGUGUCUUUUUGAGAUGUUUGCUUUCAAACUGUCGAUAAACGAGUUGGUUGCUUGUCUUGAGCGUGAUGAAGGAUGAACAUUUGACUUGCUGCUGUGAUUUUUUUUUUUUUUUUUUUUUGAAUGUUAAUUGAGUUGAUUCAGCAUGUUUUUCUUUUUCCUUUUAUGAAAAUAUCUACUGUCUUGCCGUUCUGUUGGUCAGUCAGAAGUGCUGUGAUCACUGUAUUCCAACUAGCUGCUUAAUUCACACUUUUAUGACCAAAUUGGUCUGUGACUGUAGUGAAUCAGGAUAAUGAAAGCAGGCUGAUGCUUUCCAACCUUGUGAGAACAUUCCUCUUUUUUUUUUAAUCUUGUGGUGACUAUCUGAAGAGUAUGCAUCUUUUUUACCAGUGUUGCCAAUUACAGUUGUAGCCACUGAAUGUCUGUGUCAUUUGAAAGGAAUGUGACAAAAAAAAUAAUAAAAAAUGUUCAGACUUUUCUU